ACUGCACAGGCAAGAGUCUGCUCCCCAAAGUCCAAGGGUGUCACAGGUUCACGGCUAGCUCACAAUGUCCAAGAAGAUCCUGAUCAGAGCUGAUCUCAUCGGCGACAAGUGCAAGAGCAAGAUCCUGGCAACUGCUGCCAAGCUCAAGGGGAUCAAGUCUAUGGACAUUGACCAGGACAAGUGCACGCUGACGGUGGUCGGCACCGUCGAUCCGGUGCGGCUCCUGCAGUGUCUCAGGAAGUCGUGCUUCGCCGCAGUUAUCAUCAGCGUCGCAGACGACAAGCCAAAGGAGCCAGAGAAGAAGAAGGACCCCUGCCAGGAGGCCUGCGAGAAGGCCUGCAAGGACAAGUGCGAGAUGGCUUGCAAGGAGGCGUGCUGCAAGAAGAUGUGCGUGAUGGUUACUUGCAACGAGGCGUGCUGCAAGAAGAAGUGCGACACGGCUACUUGCAAUGAGGCGUGCUGCAAGAAGAAGUGCGACAUGGCUUGCAAUGAGGCGUGCUGCAAGAAGGUGACGCCGUCCUGCUACCCGUCCCGCUGCACGCCGGGCUGCGACUCCAGCCCCUGUGGCCUGCCCAGCUGCCGCUUCUACAUCUACGGCUGCGUCGUGCGCAAGCCGCCACUGGGACACGGCUGCAACAAGGGGAGGUCACGCGGACUCAGAGGAGAAUGCGGCAUCCAGUAGCCGUGCAUUCAUCAUCGAUCGUCCUGCAAGCUAAGAUUCUGCAGGAGCAUGUAUGGCGGUUUGCCGUGUCGUUGGAGUUUGCUUUUCGUAGAGUGAUGAUUCCCUUUCAUUCCCUCUCAAGACGACGGCUUUGAUCAGCAUGGUUGGUUACUUCGGGUCUGAUUCUUCGGUCUGUCUACUACUCCCCCCUUUCCUAAAUAUAAAACUUUCUAGGGAUUUCACUAUAGACUACAUAUGGAGCAAAAUAAGCAAAUCUACACUCUAAAGUAUGUCUAUAUACAUUCGUAUGUAAUAUGUAAUUUAUAGUAGAAUCUCUAAAAGAUCUUAUAUUUAGGAACAGAGGGAGUAUAAUAAAAGCAUAUGUCGGCCAGCAUUUCUAUUUGUAGAUAUUGAUGGUUACCUUAUGAAUUUAUA